UCCGGGUUGUCAGCUGUCAGACUGCCGCUGAACUUCGCAGUUUGACUUGCUAUGUCUGCUGCCGUGAAAGAACCAAAACUCACAGGGUGGCUCGUGUAACUUCAGUGACAACACGGACGUUUAGUACCCCUGAGAAUCAAAGAUGUUUUCUUUCACCGUCCAACCACAGGUGACUGUGCCUCUCAGCCAUCUCAUCAAUGUCCUCCACUCGAUGAAGAGCUCAGUGGGCAGCAGCAGCAGUGUCAGCUGCAAAUCAAGAAAGCACAAGGAGCAUGUCUCAGCCUCAGACCUUCGCUGCACAGAGCCCAUGUGGAACCUGCGUGAGCUCGGCUUAUCAGACCUGGGAGCUCAGCAGCUGGAUGAGCUGGUGAACAGUGUGUUCCCAGACUUGAGUCCACAGGAGGCGCCACUUGCACUGGGUGGACAGACAGCCUGGAGGACCUCACAUUUAUCUACUCACUCCUUUUUCUACAAUAAGCAUGGCUUCUCAUGUGGUGGGAUGCCAGCGUCAGCCCAGGUUUUUAUCCGGCAGCACCCUUCACCUCUUCAAUGUGUGAGCACAGAGCUACAAUACUGGCCAGUUUUGGUCCAGAGCAGAGGCUUCAAAACUUUAAGGAGCAAAACCAGAAGACUGCAGUCAGGCCUUGAUCGUCCACUGGAGUUCACACCAUCCUUUAUGAAGGGUUUUCUGUCACGUGAUAAGGGCUUAGAGGUUGAAAGUCUGGACAGCCUUUUGAAGACUAAGAACAUACCUGAUGGACAGCAGGAUGCAUUCAAAAGGGGCUUCGCUGAGGGCUUCUUGAAAGCUCAAGCCCUGACACAGCGCACUCAAGAUUCUCUUCGGAGGACUCGUCUUAUCCUGCUCGUGCUGCUUCUCGUGGGGCUGUAUGGGAUCUCAAAGACCCCAUUCAUAUCGGUGCGGUUCCGAACCACAACAGGCCUGGACUCGGCGGUGGAUCCAGUCCAGAUGAAAAAUGUGACGUUUGAGCACGUCAAAGGGGUAGAAGAAGCAAAGAAUGAGCUGCAGGAAGUGGUGGAGUUCCUUAAAAACCCACAGAAGUUCACGGCACUGGGAGGAAAGCUGCCAAAAGGUGUUCUGCUGGUUGGUCCUCCUGGGACUGGAAAGACUCUUUUGGCCAGAGCAGUGGCAGGAGAGGCCGACGUGCCCUUCUACUAUGCCUCUGGGUCUGAGUUUGACGAGAUGUUUGUGGGAGUUGGAGCCAGCCGCAUCAGAAACCUUUUCAGGGAGGCUAAAGCCAACGCUCCCUGUGUGAUCUUCAUUGAUGAGCUGGACAGUGUGGGUGGGAAAAGGAUUGAGUCUCCUAUGCACCCUUACUCCAGACAGACUAUCAACCAGUUGCUUGCUGAGAUGGAUGGGUUUAAAACAAACGAAGGAGUGAUCAUCAUUGGAGCAACAAACUUCCCUGAGGCUUUGGAUAACGCCCUGAUCCGCCCAGGACGCUUCGACAUGCAGGUGACUGUCCCCAAACCAGACGUGAAGGGACGCACAGAGAUCCUCAACUGGUAUCUGAAGAAGAUCAAAGUGGAUCCAUCUAUUGAGGCCAAUAUUAUUGCCCGGGGCACGGUGGGCUUCUCAGGCGCUGACCUGGAAAAUCUGGUGAACCAGGCCGCUCUAAAGGCAGCAGUCGAUGGCAAAGACAUGGUCACUAUGAAGGAGCUGGAGUUCGCUAAAGACAAAAUCCUCAUGGGUCCUGAGAGAAGGAGUGCAGAAAUCGACAAAAAGAACAAGCUGAUCACAGCAUACCAUGAAUCAGGCCAUGCCAUUGUAGCUUACUACACCAAAGAUGCCAUGCCCAUUAACAAGGCCACCAUUAUGCCCAGAGGCCCAAGUCUGGGACAUGUGUCGAUGCUCCCUGAGAAUGAUCGCUGGAGUGAGACGCGCUCUCAGCUUCUAGCCCAGAUGGACGUCAGUAUGGGCGGCCGUGUAGCUGAGGAGAUUAUCUUUGGCCAUGAGUACAUCACAACAGGUGCAUCAAGUGAUUUUGACAGUGCCACAAAGAUCGCUAAGAUGAUGGUGACCAGAUUUGGAAUGUGUGAAAAGUUGGGUGUCAUGACCUACACUGACUUGGCAGCGCAGAGCCCAGAGACACAGGCAGCAGUGGAACACGAAGUCAGGGUCUUAUUGAAGGAUUCUUAUGAGCGUGCCAAAGCCCUGCUGAAGUCUCACACCAAAGAGCACAAGAACCUGGCUGAAGCUCUGCUCAUGUACGAGACUCUGGAUGCCAAAGAGAUCCAGCUGGUCCUGGAGGGAAAGACACUCGACAGCAGAUGAAAGUAGCAAGGACAACGGAUUUUAAGAGCUCAGGGGUCGAGGAAGGAGGGAUGGACUCAGGUCAUGAGCAUCAAAUCAGAGAAGGGGUGUAUGGGACUGUUUAUAUCUUCAUGCUGUCAACUUUAUUUAUCUCACCCAUAUUUCUGAAUAAGUAGUGCUGUGAAAUGAAAGCCAAACAUCAAUUUUCAGACAUUUCCUGUGUUCAGAGGUAAGCAGGUGUACUUGACAGAGAUUAAUUCUCAUGGGCUGGUUAAAUUGCUAAUUUUUCACAGGUUACUAGUUGGUUAGAGAGUGAAUGUAAUGCCCUUAAAUGAUUAAAGUAACUGGCUCCAUCUUUAUGUUUAAAAAACAGUUGAAAUGAGCUCAAAUUAUUUUAGAGAUCCUCUCUUUUAAACCUGGUUUCAAUGCCACUUAAAUCCAAAGAGCUUCCAAGUUGUAAGGAAAAAUAGACUUUAACUUGAUUUCAACUGUUUUCCUGAUUUUUUUUUUUGUCUGCAAUGAUUUGAAUAUCACACACAUACACCCUCCUUUCCGGUUUAUCCCACUGCAUCAAUCCUUGCUGCUCAUUUUAAAGGUGGCCUUUUGGGGAAUGUACUCUUAAGUGUAAUUUUCUUUCUGAAGUAGGAAGUGUAUAAAGUUAAACUAUAAUGUCUAAGCACUUUAGGUAAGUGUACAAAUUGACAAUGCACUUGUGAACUCUUCAUGUAUUUUACUGUGUGUACAGAUGGAUCAAAAGCUGCUGCAGCAUGUCACAAAAUCACGCUGGGUUUGUGUAAUGAUCGAGCACUUGAACCAUUAGACUUUUAAAGAUGUAAUGUUGGCAUUUACUUAAAAUCUGAAUACAGCUGAGGAAAUACAGUUUUUUCUCUUGCAAAUGAGCGGGUUAAAGACUGUCGAUCUUCAGAUUAUUCAGAUGGAAAACAUGACCAGUUCUGGCGGUAAUUUUCCAUUUACUUGGUCCUCAUUUCUAAGCAGAGAUUUGUCGCAUUGGGUGGUCUGCACGUCUCUGUUUCAGCUCAUUUGAACAUGCAGGGGAAGAAAGUUCAAGUCCUUCAGACCCUGCUCGGUGCUGAAAGGAAUUCAAGCUGCAACAUGUCUAAUUUGGAAAGUGACCUCCAGUAUUUUACAUAUGAUUCCCUUAUGUCCCAAUGCUAAAUAAAGCGUCCAAUUUGAACAAAAAGUUGCAGUUAAACAGUAUUUUUGAAACCUUCAAUGCUAGUGGGAAUCUUCUGUCAAGAUUUCAACUAGCAAACAUUGAACUCCACAGUGGUAACGUAGUCUUUUGCUUCAAAGACAAAUCUCCUGUUAUUGGCCUUCCAACUAUUUUAAGUUGUACAUAUGAUGGGAUGUAGUUAGCAGGAUUAUUGUAUAUAGAUGUAUAGUAAAUGCUUUUAUGCUGUGAACACAUGAAAUAGCUGUCUACCAGCGACUGACAAAGUCUUGCAACAAUGUGAUGGCAAUGGUUGAUGAAUGUUGGUGCAGAUGAAAUAAAUAAAGUAUCC